CCAGGCCAGAAAGCGGCACCAUGGCUGGAAUAGUUAAAAAGCAAACAAAAACCGGACAGGUCUGCCGCUGCUAGGUCUCCGAAGCCCGGCUGCCAGGCAGGGGCUGAGGGAGCAGAGGCGCCAAAGGGCCCAUUGGGCUCCUGGUGGCUUCUCCAGGACACAGCUGUCCUGGUAAUUACGUAGGGGAACCGCAGGUGUGGAAGGAAGGUGCAAAACCCAGCGCCUUAGAGAAAAGCCGUCUGUGCGCCACCGUGCAAAGAAGGCAGACCCCCACCUCAGCGCCCAGAAGGCGCAGUUAAGAGCCCCAGCCGUUGUCUGGCCCCUUAGAAGCCAUUACGGCCGGCCGUGUCCCCAAGAACCCCUGGAGGAGCCUCUGCUGUCUGUGCAAACACACUCAAGCAGGGGCUUUGCCGGCAGGGGCAGUUGCCGCCACUGCUCCUUCAUCUUGGCAUUGUCAGUUAAUUGCCUUUAACUUAUUAAGGUGAUGAUUGGCUUGCAUCUGUUAUACUCUCAAAACUAAACUGACUUUUAAACCAGUGGAGGUAGCCCAGAAAGGACCACACAUUUUGUUUAUACCACACCUGUGGGAUAUAGCUUAAUGAACAGACGUGUGAUAUGGUAAGAAAAGUCAAGUCUGGUAUUUUCCCUCUAUUCUUUUGCAUUCAGACUCAAGUUCUUAAAAGUAAGAUUUUAAAGGAGAAACUCAACAAAUGACUCACUUAAAGUUUUCCUUUAAGUGAAGCAAACUUCGGUCUCUCAGCUGGGCUUGAGACUAGAAAUACUGCACGGUGCAGGGCCUGAGGCCAGUGGCUUCGCUUCUGUUGUGACGAGAAUGCCUCCUGUGGGGAUGUUCAAGCACAGCUCCUUUCUACUUGACUGCACUUUGCACAAAGCAGCUAAGCCCUGGAUCUGGUGGGUGCCGGCAGCCUGACGCUCUGUGAGGUUAUGGAGCUGGCUGCCUUCCCACACCCCCGUCAGGGCUGGAGCUUGGGGUCCACCCCUGGGUCUGUCUUUGUCACGAGGCUCUGGCUUUACCAGGGAGCUAAUUCCCAGCUCUAGCCAGAAUGCUGUCGUAGCCUCUGGCUCCCUGCCUCAGUCGGUCUGAGCAGCAGGAUGGUGCCCUGGGCUUGGGCUGCAGGGCUUCUAGCUGAUGACACCCACUCUUGGCAAAACCAGAAACUCCUCAGUCCUAGUCUCCAUGCAGCUGAAGAAGGAUUGGUCCUGAGGAUGGAGCAGGGACCGGUAUGUCUGAUGACAAGCAGAUGUUUCUUGGCCUCGGUACACAUCUGUCCUGUGCACUGUCCACACUGCCAGGGACCUGUCCUGCCAUGCAGGCUCCCGGCACAGCCAUACAGUCAGAGUGUGAGCCUUGGGGGACCCAGCAGGCAGUGGGAUCAACGGGAGCCUUUGGGUUCCAGCACCCUGUCAGAUUGUACUUACCCAUUUCAAAGCGUCAAGAAUACCUGCAGAGUUCUGGAGAAAAAGUGCUGGCCAGCUUCCCAGUGCAAGCCACCAUUCAUUUCUACAAUGACGAGUCUGAGUCAGAGUCUGAGGAGGAGCAAGAGGAGACAGCACCUGGCCCAACCAUCCUCAGUGCCAGGAGGCAGGAGGCCCAGGAGGAAAGGGCAGAGUAGGGCUGGCCAGCCUCCGGGAGGAAGGGUGACGGGGUAGGGGCCGGCUCUGCAGUGGCUCUCCAGCAGAAAGGGGGUCUCUCCACAUAGGAAGCCCAGAGGCUGAGACUGUGUUCAGGCCAGGAGCUUUUAAAUCUUUAUUUUCCUGGUGUGAGUGAGUGAGUGUGUGUGUGUGUCUGACUGUCUUUCUGUGUGUCUGUGUGUGUGUCUGACUGUCUUUCUGUGUGUGUGUCUGUGUCUGUGUGUGUGUCUGUGUCUGUGUGUUUGUGUGUGUGUGUGUCUGACUGUCUAUCUGUCUGUGUGUUCGUGUGCACACACACGUACUCAAGCUUACCUUUGAGGAAGGGUGUCCAACAAGAGCUGUAUGUCCACACAUGGUGUUCUCGGGAGGAAGGCCUCCAGAGUUCGCUGGCCACCCCUCUUUCCCAGAGUCCCAAUAUCUAGCCAUUCUUGCCUUCAUACAAAUAAUUUACAUAUUAACUCCCAUUUGAAGAGUUCAUUUGGUUGCUCAGUAGCUGUCUGAAAUAUAUUUUACUUGUGAAAAAAAAAAACAGUUAAAACACUGAAUAAUUUUCACAGAAAUAAGAAGAAAGAGGUUUUCUUUUUAGGGGAUAAAAUGUGUGCUUGUGAGAACUGAAUUAGAGCUGUAUUUAUAAGUACGUAUGUCAUAAAGGGUUGAUUUUUCUUACUUGAUGACCUGUAUGGUCUUAUGUUAUUUACAUGGAGUGGCACUAUUUUUAAUUAAGUUAUCUUAUGUAAAAUUAUUUUGAAUUUCAUCAAAAUGACUAUGCUCUUAAAGGCUCUCCCCUGAUUAUCUUACCUGAAUCAGUCUUCCUGUAUACACCACACUGUGAAUUUUUACUGGAAUAAAUAUUUUAUAAGAA